AUGUUGCACAACGACAUGAACGUGAGAUUCCUACACAACAAACUUCACUCCUUCAACCUGUCCAGCGACCUGACCCAGGAGAAGCCUUGGAUGAACUCUCCCUUCUCCCACACUGACCUGCCCAGGCUCAAGCGGGGGCAGGUGGCCGCCCAGUUCUGGUCGGUGUACGUACCGUGUGAGUCACAGUACCUCAACACGGUACAGCUGUUGUUGGAACAGAUCGACGUUGUGAAGAGAAUGAUCGCUGCCAGCCCCGACCACACCGUGCUGGUCACAUCCUCUGCAGAAAUCAUGGAGGAGUUCGAGCGUGGGCGUGUGGGCAGCCUGAUGGGCGUGGAGGGCGGCCAUGGGCUGGCCAGCAGCAUGGGCGUUGUAAGAUCAUUGUAUGACCUGGGCGUCCGCUACGUGACCCUCACACACAAGUGCCACACACCCUGGGCGGAGUGUUCUGAACAAGGUCUUCCGCCGCCCAACACUCGAGGCCUCACACCCUACGGUAAGGAGAUGAUCCAGGAGAUGAACCGCGUGGGGAUGCUGGUGGAUGUGUCGCACGCCUCGGCCAGGACGGCGCGGGACGUGCUGGCCACCUCCCGCGCCCCCGUCAUCUUCUCCCACUCGGCCGCCCGCGCCCUCUGUGACAUAGAGAGGAACGUGCCCGACGACAUCCUCAGCUCCCUGGCGGUGAACGGAGGCAUCGUGAUGGUGAGUUUCUACAACAACUUCCUGACGUGUGGGGAAGCGGCCUCUAUCAAUGACGUCAUCGCUCACAUCAACCAUGUCCGCAGCAUGGCGGGGGUGGACUACGUGGGGCUGGGAGCUGGCUACGACGGCAUCAACAGGACUCCCGCGGGGCUGGAGGAUGUGUCCAGGUAUCCUGAACUGUUCGCCGAGCUGCUGAAGGAUACCUCCUGGUCUCUUCAGGACCUCAAGAAGCUGGCGGGCCUCAACCUCCUGCGGGUGUUGAGGAAAGUGGAGCAGAUGCGCGAGCAGCUGGCGGGGGAGAAGCCGUCCGAGGAAAUUAUCCCCAUCCACGACAUAGACACUCGCUGGCCCUGCAGGUACAAGUUCUCCAGCCUCGACCACGCCCGCACCUGACCUUCCACGCCCACCACCACGAAUACGACCACGCCCACAACAACUAUAACUACGCCCACUACCACGACUACAACUACGACCUCAUGCUAGUCUUGAAGGAAUAAGUUAUCCAGCCUCGUCGACGCCCUCACGCCACCUUUGCGUGAGUGUACAGUAGACCGCCUCAAGUGUUACACAGGAGCUGCAGGGUCACCGUGGUGGUUCACACGAGGUUCCACUCCUGGUAGGAGGAAGGUUCACCCUGGCUGACCUAUCUUACGACUAGGUGGUCAAGAGAGAGUUGUUCUUGCCGAGCCUAUACUAUGACACAGUGCCCAGGCUAUGAUGCCACAGUUAACACAUCAAGUUUAUCUGUUCGUCUAAAACAUUCACUUAUAGAUGAUUCUUACGCUGACUCAUGUGACUGAUGGUGAGAUGUGCAUUAUUCGCUUGUAUAGUAAUAGAUUAACCAAUUAUUAGAUAAUCUACCUUCGUAUCCAACAAGAGUCAAGGUAACAGGGAAGAAGAGCAUCCACAAGGUCCAAGUUUUCUUAACAAACAUUUUCAUGAUCAACUUGAGGAGAGGCGACCAUGUGAUCUAGCCACAGGUUUUAUGGUCGCUUGUAAGGUCAAGUAACUGGCGCCGAGCUCAGCGAGGGAAACACAGGUAACUACGUGUACAGGUGAGGCCACGAGCACACUACAUCACCUGUGGCUGUAGAGUCAACUGAGCCACUGUGGUUGUGUGGUAAUAAUGAAGUUUUGAAAUUUUUUGGGAGUUAGUGUUAGUUUUGAUAGUAGUUAACAUAUAUUGCUAGUAGCAGUAGAGACAAUCAUUGUUGUAAAGGCAGUUGUAGUAAAUGUAUUGGUUACCAGUUAGGUUAGGUUAGGUUAGGUUAGGUUAGUGGUAAUAAUGCAGCGUUUAUUAUUUUUGUUUAAUAAUAUUGGUAGUAACUGGAUUAGUAAAUAAAGUAUUGACAGGAGUUUUUGCAUUAGUGGGAAUGGUGUUAGUAAGAGCAAUAGCAGUAGUAGCAGUCAUAUUAGUAGUAACGGCUAUAGUAGUAGUCGUCAAAGGGGGCCCUAUAAAGCACAGGGGGCCGACACUGCAUAUACCUGCAUUCACUUCCCAACUCACAAGUCAUCAUGAUUUAUACUGGCUCAGCUUGGGGUGCCCCGAGUCCGUAGUAGUAGUAGUAGUAAUAAUAAUAGUGGUAGAAGUAGUAGUAGUGGUAAGUUGAACACCGGUUUUUGUAGUUACAUGUACAGACGUGGAAGGAAUAAUUAAUCUUGUACUCUCUUUUUGAGUUACAAUAGACAUGAUUAUUACCACCAAUCUGUGACUAUUGUGUAUGUUCCUCCCUCACCCUGACUCCCUCACCCUAGCUCCCUCACCCUAGUUCCCUCGCCCUAACUCCCUCAUCCUAUCCUGCUUCAUAGUGCGAGGAUUUUUAAAGAUUUGUACCAAAACUUAGGAUGAGAGAACACAAUACGUAACCACCAUGUUUGACGUCCCUCUGUAAUGAUGUUAAACGAACCUCUUAGCCUUGUACUACCACCAGUCAUGUACACGUAAAAUAAACAACUCCUAAAACAAUGGCUCAUCGACAACUGAAAUAAUUGAAAAAAAUGGAACAAUAUGUGUGUUGUAAUGUCUGUCUGGCAAAAAGACUCAUUUCAGCCAUUUUUUACUUCCUUGUGAAGUUAAUGAUUCACCCGGGCCAUCUGUUGACAUAUACAAGCACUUCACUAAGCCAAACAAGAGUCAAAUGCAACUUUUCUCACACUUGCAGGAAAGCGACCAAGAAACACACACACUCGGUCAGGUUUUAGUUGCAACAGAGGGAUUACGAAUGGAUAUAAAUUGACCUAAAAACUACACUAUUAUCAGUGGAGAGUCAAUAUAUACAUAUCAAUAUAGUUGUCUUGUAAAUUUUACUAAAAAUUUUGACGUCGAGUUUCCACUAAACUCCAUGAAUUGUUCUUAAUACUCUUGUGUUGUGAUGCUAUAAUGCCACUAAUGAUCACUGUUAGUAAUGGUUAACAAUUUUCUCCUACUGUCCAUAGACUUAAUAAAUAAUAGGGUAAAUAAUGCGGGUUUUUUUUUGCAUUAAGCUGUUAGUCUGAUUAGAUGUUAGAUCAAGUGCCUUAAGGACGUGUGAGGUGACCACAUAAUGAGUGCCAAGAACAACUCAUGGGAAGGUACAGUACGUCAUUCCUACACCAACUUAUUAUUGGCAUUUGUGAGAAUCCUGUAUAAAUGAACAUAAUUAUUGUCUGUAAAUAUCGUAAUUAAAGGAAUAUUACUGUA